GGUUUUCCUUUGGUGGACCUUGCAUUUAAUUUUGGCCCAACAAGCUUUAGAGGACCCAAGCCCAUGAGAUGUGAACCAACUUCAUUGUUCAACAAGCCUAGGUCUGCUACUCUUUUCACUUUGUCGAGCCUUAAACAAGAGUCGUGUCGUUCUCUCACUUCGUAUGGCCGAGGACACCAUCGAUUGGAGAAAUCACUUCCAUUGUUCGGGUUUUACUUUCAACAUCUACAAAUCCUGGUAACAUCUUCAUCUAUGGGUGUGAAUUCUAAAAGCUUAAGGAACUCUGGUAUUUUGAUCCCGAAUCUAAAUUAUCGGAGGCUUGAAAGUGGUCUUGGAAGUUCUAUACCUAAGUACCACUCUCCCACAAUUUCAUAUAUCGACCAGAAGCACUACUUGAUUGUUAUUGCUCACAAAUUUUUGAAGUCUCAUGAUACAUUAGCCAUGAAUUCAAACGGCCAACGAAUUGCUUAUGGUCUUGGUAGCUAUUUGGCCAAUAGUCAUUCCUUGACAAUUCUAUAUAGCGACUUCAAUCACCACCCUUUUGCCAACUCCUCGAAUGCCUGGACCCUAUCAUGGUUAUUCUGCGAAUUCUCGAAGAGAUCUAAACCUUAUGCUUUGGUUGUAAAGCAAUCCUCAAUCGACUACAUCACCAUAGUCUUCCGAAUCUUUGUUGUCGCGCUACUUUGGGUAGUUCAUCUUGCUCCGGCGAGAAUCAAUGCAUCGAUUCUUUCAUCAACGUCACAAAGUCUCAUGACCGUGACCAUUCUCUCGUCCUUCGAAUCUUUCGAGGAUGAUCUCUCGAUUAACCAUGAUCUCACAUGUGUCAAUGUGCUCCCAAGCUCUUGCCUCACAGCUCUCUUGGUUUCAAAAUCGAUGAACUUUAUCUAUCUUCUUAUGGCAUUGGGGAAUGUCUUCUAUUGUACCACUUUAAACUUUGGAUCACUUAAAUCCUUCUUUUUGUACUUGUUCUUGUUUGGAUGAA